AUUCGUGGUUGAUACACCACCACCUUGGGGACGUCGGCACACUACCAUAAUAAUAUAUAAUAAUAUUUUAAAUAUUAACUGUGAUUAUAUUGUAAUCCGUGGUUUUCUCAUAGAUAAUAAAGAUAUUAAAGAUAUCUAUGGGUUAUCUCCGCGAACUACCGUCUACCAAUCGUAGAUCAUAGGCACCGGUUGCUGAUCUAGUUUACUUACUUUUCUAUGGAUCGUCGAUAUUCGGGUAGUUUCUAUUGGUGAUUGCUAUAUUAUAUGUUUCAAUAAUGGCCCCAACCAUUCAAAACAAUACAGCUCAAGAAAAAAGGCCAGUAAGAGCCGUAGAAAAAAGGUCCGAUUUAGUAUGUAAAGUGAAAUAUUGCAAUAUGCUUCCAGACAUACCCUUUGAUUUGAAAUUCCUAUCGUAUCCUUUCGAUGCAACAAGAUAUAUACAAUAUAAUCCUACGUCUUUAGAGAGAUCAUAUAAGUUUGAAAUACUCGCAGAUCAUGAUUUAGGGCUCAACAUUGACUUGGUUAAUAAAGAUAAGUAUACAAUAGACUAUAAUUUACAAAUGGAUAAUGCUGAUGAAAAACUUUUGGAAGAAGAUGUUUUAGCUCCACAAGAUUCUAAAAGGUCAAGACAUCAUGCCAGAAGUGUAUCAUGGUUACGGCGUACAGAAUACAUUUCUACAGAACAAACUAGGUUUCAACCACAAACAAUUGAAAAAGUUGAGGCUAAAGUUGGGUUCAGUAUCAAAAAGAACUUUAAGGAGGAAACUCUUUACAUGGAUAGAGACAGUCAGAUGAAAGCAAUUGAAAAGACAUUUGAAGACAAUAAAAAACCAGUUGAAAAACAUUACAGCAAGCCAAAUGUCCAUGCUGUUGAGACAUUAAAUGUUUUUCCAGAUUUCAAAAAUUGGAGAUUUCCAUGUGCUCAAGUUAUCUUUGAUUCUGAUCCAGCUCCAAUGGGUCGGCCUAUUCCAGCUCAGAUAGAAGAAAUGUCUCAAGCUAUGAUUAGAGGUGUAAUGGAUGAAAGUGGUGAACAGUUUGUAGCUUACUUUUUACCAUCUGAAGAAACUAUAGUUAAACGGCGUGAAGAUGCUGUUGAAGCACGUCCAUAUGAUGACGAUUAUGAAUAUGAGUACAAAAUGGCCAGAGAAUACAACUGGAAUGUUAAAAGCAAGAGUAGUAAAGGAUACGAGGAAAAUUAUUUUUUUAUUGUACAGGCAGAUGGAGUAUUUUAUAAUGAAUUGGAAACAAGAGUUCGUUUAAGUAAGAGACGACAAAAAAUUGGUACACAAAGUAGUAGUACUAAUACCAGAUUAAUUGUUCGUCAUGUUCCAAUCAAUGAACAAGAAUUCAGCGUUCACAAAUUUAGAGAAAAACAGUUACAACCGUAUGAUGAAGAAGAAGAAGCUAAAGCUGAAGAAGCAGCUAAAAAAGCAAUGCAAGCUGCAAAAGAAAGUGCAAAGGAAAUAGCAACUAAAAAUAAAGCAGAUAGUGAUGACGAUGAUGAUAAUGAGUCUAGAAAAGGUGACUCUAAAAAGAACAAUCUAGUUUCAGAUAGUGAUGUUUCUGAUGACGAUGAAGAACGUUUAGCUGAAUCUAACGCUAAACGUGCUAACAGUGAAACAGUUGAUAGUGACAAAGAAAAAAAUAACAAACGUCUACGGGCUGCUAGUGAAGUAAAUUCUGAUAGUGACACCAGUGUUAAGAAAUCCAAUAGUCAUAAGGUUAGUUCUGGAAGUGACGAAAGCGAUAAAUCUGACGAAGAAGAUAUUACCAAGGCCAAAGAAUCAUCUCAAAGUGGUGACAGCGAAGAGGAGCGUAAAGUAAAACGUGUGUCUAGUGAAGCUAGAUCAGAUAGUGGUAAUAGUGAUGUUGAAAUGAGAAGUAAGAAAAGCUCAGAACACGGGGCCAGCGAGGUCAAUUCAGACUCUUCAAUCACUGAUAAUAGUGAUCAAGAAAGCAACAGAGGUUCAGAUAGUGAUGAAUGACGAUAAUUUUUACGUUUUAGCUUAAGAUUUGCUAGCAUUUAAAGAAAACUAAAAUUAUUAAAAUUAUAAAUAAUUCCAGAUUUGAUAUUAUAAGGUUAUUGAAUAAUGUGUAAUAUUUAUGUCUAUUUAACAAUACAUCACACAAAUCUGAAAACAUACCUAUGAGUACAUCCAAUAUUCAUGUAUACACAUUAUGAAUAUAUUAAAGUAGAGAUUGACAGGGACGUAGCCAGGGGGGGGGGGUUAUUUAUACGAUAUUUAUACUUAUUAUAAUACAAUAAUUAUUACUUUAUAUUUACAUAUUUCACAUAUAUAAAUAUUUUUUUGUCACGCCUGCACCGAAAGUUUGGUUUUCGAUAGCGAUUGAAGCGUUGGAAAGCAUCCUUUUUCCGUCCAGCAGGCAGUAAAGUGGAAAACCCAAGAAGUGCCGGGCGGUAAAGUGGAAAUCCCCAAAAGUGCUGGGCGCACAUAUCACGCACGUAACCCCUGCAAAACCGGACACUGAAAUCUAUACCACGGUCCUAACAAGACAUACACUUUUGGUUAGGUACGUCUUAUAUUCAUACUAUAACCUCCAUGCGUGACGCUAAAAUAAAUAAAACCAAAUCGUUUCUUUCGUGAAAUAUUGUUGUCGUAGAACUAUGGUCUAGUUGUUGCAUAGACCCCUGCAUCACCAUUACCGUGAUCGAUGAAUGCAGAGGCGUGACAAAAAAUAGUAUGUGUGGCUCGUGCGGGAAGGCAAUUUCAGUCUUGGGCGAAAUGCGACUCUCGCCCGCGACUGAAGUAGCUCACUUCCCGCCCUUGCCACACAAUAUACUAUUUUAAAAUAUAUUUUUUUAACAAUAUAUACAUACUUUAGCAUAUUCUGUAUGUCAUUACUCAUUACGAAUUUAAUUUUUGUUUAAUUAAUAAGAAUGGUUAAAUUAUUUAUUAUUAUUGGUUUUUUUUUUUAAAUUAACUCUCCCCGAAAUAAAAUCCUGGUUACGUCCCUGGAGAUUGGGUUAUUAAACUCAUGAGGACUGAAUUUUUAAUAUUUCAUAUUUUUAUAUAUAUUUACUAUUAUGAUUUAUAAUAAUUAUUUUACAAAAUACAAUGAGGUCUUAAGGAGUUCAUUGUUCGUCCGCCCUAUAACAACAUCUUAAUAUUGUAUAUUUAAAUGUAAAAUAAUGUAUCUUUCAUAUUGGGAGAGGACUGGGUGGAAACGGGCUUGGCUGCUCCUAAAUUGAGAUUAUGGUACUGUGACAAAUAAAAAAAUAAAACUAUUACUAUACAGUAAAACUUCCAUGUGACGGUCACCAAAGGGACCGGAAAUAAUGACUGCUAUUUAGAGGGGCCGUUUUACAGAAGUUACCAUUAAUAGAAAAGAGCAAUACUUCUAGAUGAUCGCUAUAUAGAGUGCAUAAAAAAAACCUAAUACAUAAGUACACAAUAAUUUGGAAAACCAUUCGUAUACAACAUCAAUGAUAUUAUUAAUUGAUUUGGUUUUACGACGUUGUAUAGUUUUCAUUACAUCAUUAUUCAUUACCGUUGGAUUUCCAUAGUAUUAAAACCGUAUCUUUAUUCUUGACGAGUGCCGAACCCCCCGUUUUUUUUUUUAGUUUUAAUUAUUAAACUUCGAAUAUAUAAAAUUAUUAUUUUUAACACAUUUUAGAUUCUGAGCGAAGCGAUGAAUGUAUUGAUUUUAUAAUGAUGUGUGUUUUUUAUUAGUAAAAAAGCGUGAAAAAUUAAUGCAAAGCAAUAUAUUGUUACAAUAGCAGUUGAAAAAUAAAAUGCAUAGGCACAAUUUUUUUUAUAAGCAUUUAAAGUUCAAAUUUUGACAAAAUUUAAUAACUAUUUUGUAGUUGAAAAUUUAUAAAAUGUUCAAAUUUUAUAGAUAAGGAUUGAAAAUUUAAAACAAGGUUCCACGUAAAUAGGUUAUGUAUAAAUUACUUUAUUCAAAAUAAUAUCAUCAAAUAUACUUGGUAAUAUUAUCAUAGGCUGACUGACCUUUUCGCUCAGAAUCGUUUUUCUUAUACAAUGAUAUUAUAUCAUUAUAUUCAAAUUUAACACCAUCCAAUACAAUGACCCACUUGUAACCUACUGUACAGCAGAUCGCUUACCCACCGUUUUUUUUUUAUGAUUUUACUAACGGGUACUUUUUUUUCGUUUACCGAUGUUGGUAUUUAGUGAUGAUAGGAGGUGCCUAGUGUGAAAAUGGUGCAUAUAAAUAAAUUGAAAUCUAGUAUGUUGAAUUGUUGAAUGAGGAAAUACAUUCGGAGUGAAUGAAUAGUAUAUUGUGUGGCAAGGGCGGGAAGUGAGCCAUUUCAGUCGCGGGCGUCGUGUGCCGCAUUUCGCCCAAGACUGAAUCGGCCUUCCCGCGCGAGCCACACAUACUUUUUUUUGUCACGCCCCUGCGCUCAUGGAAAAGGUUAUGCAGGGAUCUAUGCAACAAUUAUAGACUAUUCUACAAAAACAAUUUCAUGGAAGACAUUUUAUUUUUUUUCAAAAUUACAAUUUUCACUUUGUAUAUUUUAUUAUUGUAACUGAUAAGAUUAUUAUACGAAUUGCGUGAAAUAAACUUACUAACGCAUCGUUCGACGCACUUAUCUAGGAACAGUGCAAAUUAAAUAUGUUUAAAUGUUUAUGCGUCAUGCAAGGAGGCUAUACUAUACAUUUAAGAUGUAACCAAAAGUUUAUGUUUUGUAAGGACCGUGGUAGGUAUACAUUUUAGUUUCUGGUUGUGCAGGGGAUACGCGCCCGGCGGCCGGCACUUUUGGGGAUUUCCUCUUUUCCGCCCGGCACUUUGGGGAUUUCCACUUUACCGCCCGCUGGACGGAAAAAGGACGCUUUCGAACGCUUCAACCGUGGUCGAAAACCAAACUUUCGGUGCAGGCGUGACAAAAAAAUUAUUUAUUUAUUAUGUGUAUUGUGUAUCAAUGCAUUUUGUUUUAGAAUAGUAAAUGAAUAUGAAAUAAUUUAUAAAAAAAAAAAUUAUGAAUAAGUAUGUACUUGUAGAAUUGUAAUUUUUUAAGGUGGAAUAAUGUUAUAAUAUAAUAUGUUAUAUAAAUUGUAAUUAUUGAAAUAUUAUUAUGUACGUUAUCGGUAUCGCCGCACCGUGCGAAUGCCCGAUAGCGGCCGUUAAAACAAUAAACACAAUAAUUUGCAAACAAUAUAUUUUAAUUUUUUAAUUGUUUUUUAAUUUUCUCACAAUAAUUUGCAUACAAUAUAUUUUAAUAUUUUAAUUGUUAAAAAAUUACAUUUUUUAAAUUAAAAACGGAGUAAAUACACAUGUAAAUGUUGGGUUUGUUCACUGUUAAAACACUCAUGAAUAUCAAGCUACAUUCUUCUAACUAUUAUAUUGUACAAAAUACAAAUAUAACUAAACUAUAUUUAUA